AUGUCGCUUCCAAAGUUCAAGGUGGUACUGGUCGGCGAUCAAUCCGUGGGUAAAACUGCUGUAGUAGUGCGAUAUCUGAAAAACACGUUCGAAGAGAAGGCAGAGGCAACCAUCGGCAUGGACUUUCAAACAAAAACUGUGCAGCUGCUGAGUGGCAGCCAGAUUCGUCUUCAGCUUUGGGACACGGCGGGCCAGGAGCGGUUCCGCAGCUUGGUCAAUGGAUACAUCCGGGAUGCCGCUGCGGCUGUUGUGUGUUACGACGUGACCAGCCGCCAAUCUUUCGAGAGCACCACCCAAUGGAUCGAGGAAGUGCGCCAGUCUCGUGGCGAUGAUGUCCUCGUUUAUCUGGUGGGCAACAAGGUCGACCUCGCAGAAGAUCGUCAGGUCUCGCGUGCAGAAGGCGAGUCCAAGGCAGCAGAGGUCAAGGGACGAUUUGCUGAAACCAGCGCGCGGUCAGGAGAGAAUGUCCAAGAGCUCUUCAAGCAGCUUGGAGAGGCCCUGGCACAACGUGGUGAUGUCGGAGGGACCGUGAACCAAGCCAAGGAGAAACUCCAGCUUGGUGGGCAAGAGCAUGCCGAGAAAAAGAACAAGGCCUGUGCAUGUUGA